UUUCCUUCCCCGAAACUCGCAGGUCACUCCCACCCCCUCACCUCCACUCACUCUUUCCUCCGUGUCUCGCAGUGCGAGCUGCGGCUGUUCGGCUUGUGUGUGUGUCUGUCGCAGCAGGCUGGACUCAUGGCCUCGCCCCUGCGUUUCGACGGGCGGGUGGUCCUGGUCACCGGCGCGGGGGGAGGACUGGGCCGAGCCUAUGCCCUGGCUUUUGCAGAAAGAGGUGCAUCCGUUGUUGUGAAUGACUUAGGAGGGGACAUCAAGGGAUUGAGUAAAGGCUCCUUAGCAGCUGCUGAUAAGGUUGUUGAAGAAAUAAGAAGUAAAGGUGGAAAAGCCGUGGCCAACUAUGAUUCGGUGGAAGCAGGAGAGAAGGUUGUGAGGACAGCACUAGAAGCUUUUGGAAGAAUAGAUGUUGUGGUCAACAAUGCCGGAAUUCUGAGGGACAAUUCUUUUGGAAGGAUAAGUGACGAAGACUGGGAUAUAAUCCACAGAGUCCAUUUGCGAGGCUCGUUCCAAGUUACUCGGGCAGCUUGGGAUCAUAUGAAGAAACAGAAGUUUGGAAGGAUUGUUAUGACUGCAUCAGCUUCAGGAAUUUAUGGCAACUUUGGCCAGGCCAAUUAUAGUGCUGCAAAGCUGGGUCUUCUGGGCCUUUCAAAUACCCUUGCAAUUGAAGGCCAGAAAAGCAACAUUCACUGUAACACCAUUGCCCCUGCUGCUGGAUCACGGAUGACCCAAAGCAUUAUGCCUGAAGAUCUCGUGGAAGCUCUGAAGCCGGAUUACGUGGCCCCCCUGGUCCUUUGGCUUUGCCAUGAGAGCUGUGAGGAAAAUGGUAGCUUGUUUGAGGUUGGAGGAGGAUGGAUUGGAAAACUACGCUGGGAGCGGGCCCUUGGAGCCAUUGUGAGACAGAAGAAUCAGCCGAUGACUCCUGAGGCCGUGAAGGCCAACUGGAAGAAGAUCUGUGACUUUGAUAAUGCCAGCAAGCCCCAGAGAAUUCAAGAAUCAAUUGGCAGUAUAAUUGAAGUUCUAAAUAAAAUAGAUUCAGAGAGAGGAGUUUCGACAAAUCCUACGAGUCACGCAGCAUCAACAGCUACAUCGGAAUUUGCUGGAGCCAUUGGCCAUAAGCUUCCUCCCUUUUCUUCUGCUUACACGGAACUGGAAGCUAUUAUGUAUGCCCUUGGCGUGGGGGCAUCAAUCAAGGAACCGAAAGAUAUGAAAUUUAUAUAUGAAGGAAGCACCGAUUUCUCCUGUUUGCCUACCUUUGGAGUUAUUAUAGCUCAGAAACCUAUAGUAGGUGGAGAAUUAUCAGGGAUUCCUGGGUUUUCAGUCAACUUGGAAAAGGUUCUCCACGGGGAGCAAUACUUGGAGUUAUAUAAACCGCUUCCCAGAGCAGGAAACUUAAAAUGUGAAGCAGUCAUUGCUGAUGUCCUAGAUAAAGGAUCCGGUCUAGUAAUUCUUGUGGAUGUCUAUUCUUACUUUGAGGAGGAACUUGUAUGUUAUAAUCAGUUCUCUAUUUUCGUUGUUGGCUCUGGAGGCAUUGGUGGAAAACGGACGUCAGACAAAGUCAAGGUAGCUUUAGCCGUGCCUAAUAGACCUCCCGAUGCUGUACUUAGAGAUACCACCUCACUUAAUCAGGCUGCUUUGUACCGCCUCAGUGGCGACUGGAAUCCCUUACACAUUGAUCCUAACUUUGCUGGUUUCGCAGGUUUCGACAAGCCCAUAUUACAUGGAUUAUGUACAUUUGGAUUUUCUGCCAGGCAUGUUUUACAGCAGUAUGCAGACAAUGAUGUGUCGAGAUUCAAGGCAAUUAAGGUUCGUUUCGCAAAACCAGUGUAUCCAGGACAGACUCUACAAACUGAGAUGUGGAAGGAAGGAAAUAGAAUCCAUUUCCAAACCAAGAUCGAAGAAACCGGAGACGUUGUCAUUUCAAAUGCAUAUGUGGAUCUCAUACCAACAUCUGAUACUUCAGCGAAGACACCCUCUGAGGGUGGGAAGCUCCAGAGUACCCUGGUAUUUGAGGAGAUAGGUCGCCGCCUGAAGGAUAUCGGGCAUGAGGUGGCGGAGAAAGUAAAUGCCGUAUUUGAGUGGCAUAUCACUAAAGGUGGACGCACUGCAGCCAAGUGGACUGUUGACCUAAAAAGUGGUUCUGGAAAAGUGUAUCAAGGUCCUGCAAAAGGCUCUGCUGACGCAACCUUCACACUUUCAGAUGAAGAUUUCAUGGACGUGGUCCUGGGCAAGCUCGACCCUCAGAAGGCAUUCUUUAAUGGCCGACUGAAGGCCAGAGGGAACAUCAUGCUGAGCCAGAAGCUUCAGAUGAUUCUUAAAGACUAUGCCAAGCUCUGAAGGACACACUACAUUAUGAAUAAGAAUAGAAAAAUUAAAUACUCUCUUCACCCAGAUAUGCAAAACUGAUUAAGCAAAAGUGAUCAAAACUAAGACACAGGGAAGCUGCUUACCAUUUUCAGGUUUUAGAUAACUUCUGAGAUUUUAAUUUUUUACUAAUUUUUCACAUUAUCAUUCUUUUUACAAGAACCUGUAAGCCAGCACAUAAUAUCUUUCUGUUCUUAGAGCUCUGUCUUCAUAAUAAAAAAUUUUCACCCAA